UCACAACCACGUUUAGGUUGUAAGUUUUUGGGUGUUUGAGACGGCAUCGUUUUAGGGAAGUGACAGAGGAGACUGUAGAGGCGCAGUGAGAGUUCAGUCACGAGAAUGAAGGCGUUGGGAUGGUGGCUGAUAGCGGUGGGCACGCUUCGAUUGGCUUCGGUGUGGUUCGGUUUCUUCGACAUUUGGGCUCUUCGACUCGCCGUCUUCUCCAACACCACAAUGACUGAAGUUCAUGGACGCACAUUUGGAACUUGGACAUUGUUGACCUGCACCCUUUGCUAUAUUUGCGCAUUCAACCUUGAAAAUAAGCCUCUUUACCUGGCUACUUUCUUGUCAUUCAUCUAUGCAUUGGGACAUUUCUUGACAGAAUACUUAAUUUAUCGCACAAUGGAGAUUAAGAAUCUAACUACUGUUGGCAUAUUUGCAGGAACAUCGAUAGUAUGGAUGCUGUUGCAAUGGAAUUCUCACUCGAAAAUCCACUUGAAACACUUUUAGUAAGCAAAAAGAGUUGGGGCAAAAGUACAAUUGGUGGUAUUCAACUGUGUAAAAUACAGGAGACACGCAGCCUUAGAUAUGUUUUCCGUUUUUUAGAUUUUAUUUAUCCACAUUUCAAGUUGAUUUCGCCACCCAUUGCGGUUUAAGAAGUCAUGAAUGCGGCGCUUACCUUGUUAACCUAUCCUUAAAAUGCAAAUUAUUAUUGCCUUUGGGCCGUUUUGCACUAGUUGAUAUUAAGAAAUGAGAACCCUGGUGUUUUAGAAUUUUGAA